GCGCUCCGUCAGUAGUCUGCUGUCGGCUGAACGACGCAGACCUUGGCGCGGCGCGACUGGUGCACGACCCGCGUCGCCGACCGCCGCGAGUGUUCUAUAUUCAAAUUGUGUUUUUUUUUAUUUUUAAAAAUUUUCUGUGCAGUGUGCCAGGAUUUUUCAAAUAAUAGAGGUACGUUCUUCUAGAGAGACUGUCCUCCAUCGUAAUUAAGAUCUUCGAAAAAUCCUGGCUGGAACUCCUCGAAUACAACAUUAUCUCGCAUGCAACCGGCAAGUUAAUUGCUAGAAACAUCGGGUUUUGUACCCCACACGAAAGAUGAGACUAGCUCCGUGGGGCACGGCGUUUGUGGCGCUCUGCGUUGUUGCCUUAGCCGAUUCCGCUGAAGAUUUCAAAGGCGAGUCGGUGGAAAGUGUCAGCGCGUCCACAGGCAGUUCUCAAGAAGAUGAAGGACCCAAAGAAGCGUGGAUGCGAGCUCCUGCGGGAGGAGUGGCAGUUAAAAGUGGAGAGGACGCCCUCCUUACCUGCGUGGUGCUUGGAGCGAGAGGAAGGCCCGUCUUCUGGAAGAGGGCGAGGGAUCUCCAACUCCUGACUGCUGGUGGAGUCAGGGUUACGAGGGAUGACAGGGUACAGGUCCUUCACGACGACACGGACGAACCUCUCCAAGGCCCUGGCAUCAGAAAAGGAGGCGACGUGUGGGCGCUGGUCAUCAAAUCAGUGCGGGCUUCGGACGCCGGGCUUUAUAUGUGCGAACUGAACACUGAACCACCAGUGCGAAGCUUCCAUAGACUUACUGUGAUAUCCCGAGGCCUGACUCCACCAGACAGCCAGAACGAAACAGACACGUACUCUGCGAACACGCCUACGCUAUCCUCAGUGGCUAUGGCCCACAAUUAUACUGACUGCUGCGUCUCCGCUAAUGUCAGCAAGUCCUGCCUCGGAUUUUGCAGCAUUCAGACCAUACUGGAAGGAACUGGCCAGGAUCCCGAAACAUGCCAGCCUGACUUCCCGGCUAUUGUCAAAUGCAUGGCAGACGGUCGCAACCACGUCCCCUGCUGCAUCCAAGAGCGCGUCCCGGAUAUAUGCCAAGACGUCUGCCGGGGUGAGUUCACGCCAGUCACCGACAACAUCAAGACCCACUACUCCUGCGCCACAUACAUGGAGAAGACAUUGGCUUGCAUCGUUGAAGGCAUUGAACUGCUGCCAAGUCCACCAGAAGACGUCGAAGUGGAGCCUCUAAAUGAAAAGCAACUAAACGUAUCCUGGAUCCCACCAGUCGAAAACACUGAUACAGUGACAGAGUACAUCGUCAAUGUCACCACAUUGAGGUCUUUUGACGCACACUUAAUAGACCCUUCAGAGAGCUCGAUAAAGAACAAUAAUUCUGUGAGAAUGACACAGUCGUUGACGUUCAAAGUGCCAGCGAACAAGACGUUCUUCGUGCUAAAUGAUCUACUGCCGUUCACGAUGUAUGAGAUCACUGUUACGUCAUACAACAUUCAUGGGUCUAGUUUACCAAGCUAUGCUAUUCGGUCCCUUACAUUAACACCAGGGAAGAUGAAGACAACGGAAGUGGCAGCAGCCCCUAAACUGCCUGAUGUGAAGAAAUGCUGCGCGUCAGGCGGCGUGACUCACUACGGAUGCAUGAACAAACUGUGCGACCCGACCAAGACCUUUGAGAUUGGCCUGCAGGUAACAGAUCUGAUGAUUUGCGCGCCGUGGGCCGGCGUGACCUUCGGCUGCCUCGCCAACGGUAUGGACCACACGCCUUGCUGCCGCUCGAGAGGGUUGCCGGAGUCCUGUCUCCCGCUGUGCAGUGGAAAUAUUACUACGAUUGACUUUAAUCACUUCAAGUGUCUCCGCUUCAUGAGCUCGUACACCAACUGCCUCCUCCAAGGCUAUGGAGUGCUUCCCGGAGCUCCCUCCCGUCUCUAUCUCACCAAUAUUGACACAGACUACGCUGUAGUGCACUGGUCCCCACCAGCCGCCCUGGCUGACACCGUCCAGUUCUACAACCUUCAUUAUCGGACUCUGCAGACUGGAGAUGAAUACAGAGCGUUAGAGAAGGUGCAUUCGCCAUACAUCUUGGAAGAUUUAGAAUCUAACACGGAUUACGAGAUUUACGUAGAGGCAGUCAAUGAACACGGAGUUGGAGAUCCUUCACCAAGACUCAUAUUUAGAACGCAAAGUCAAGUGAUAGAAGAAGAAGAAGAGAUAUCGAACGCGUACAACGUGACAGCGUGUUGUGAACGAGUGCAGUUAGCUGGCGUGUGCAUGCCACUCUGCUCUUAUGAUGCCAAGAUGUCGGAUCUAAGGAUGCUGGCUCCUCUUUGUGCGCAGGACUUCCAUAAACUACUGAGGUGUGGGGCUGGAGGUCGCAAUCAUGAGACGUGCUGCGCUCGUCGUGGAGUGCCUGCUAACUGCCGGGGCGUUUGCACCGGGGCCUACUCCGGCGGCGUCAACACCUGCGUACCUUAUAUUGGCAAUAUCGUGCAAUGCUUUGAAGAAGACACAGGCAUUCUCCCCGGUCCUCCCCGGGAGCUCCAUGCGCUGGUAUCCUCAGAGAAGCUGUAUCUGGAUUGGGCGCCACCACAGGAGGGCGCUAACGCCACCUCCUUCACUGUCUACUGGCAAAAAGUCGAUAAUAACACACAACCCUACAGCUACAACACCAUGCAGGCUAACUAUAACCAAGUAAACGUGACGGACACGAUGACCACCAUCGACCAGCUCGAGCCCAAUAGCACUUACCACGUGUUCGUGGUGGCCAUCAAUCAGCACGGCGCCUCGCUACCAUCCAGUAUGCUGUUAUUCAACGUGACUGAAGACGAGAAAGAAGUAGCGGGAAUCCCCUCCCACCCGCACUCGCUGUCCGUCUCAUCCCACUCGGCCACGUGGCUCACACUGACGUGGCAGCCGCCGCAAUUCUCACAUCCUGAUGAGAAGAUCUCGUACACGUUAUUCUACAAAUCGCCAUCACAACUGGGCCAGAACAACAUAACCACAAUCACGACAACAGUGCCAGGUUAUACCCUGGAGAAACUGUCUCCCAACACGCAGUAUGUGAUUUGGGUGAAGGCCCACACUGCCGCCGGCGACUCAUUACCCUCGGAGACCUUGCUGGCUUGGACUGACCCGGCCUACCCUGCGUAUGUCGAGCCACCGACUGUGAAUCCCGUGAACCUGGUGGUGGAAGGCUCCAGCAUGACCAUCCUCUGCAUCGCUAUGGGAACACCAACACCCACCAUAUCACUAUAUAUUUCUGGUCGUCUAGUCCGCCAAGAAGUCACCCGCCACAUGGUAACAGUGAUCCAUAAUGUCACCCGGGACAUGGACCAGAUCUCCUGCUACGCUGACAACGGGUAUGGCACACCAAUGCAGGCUUCGAGAAAGAUCAAUAUUUCACAUGUCCCCACAAUCCAAGCAUCUGGUAUAACAAUGGCGGCAGCAGGAGACUCCGUCAUCUUAGAAUGCAGAGUCGAAGCUCUCCCUAAACCCACCAUUGCGUUCUGGAGAGACCCCAACGGCAGAACUCCGGUUAUCGACGGACCUAAUUAUACUAUACAGCUGCAGGCGGAUCCCGAGGAACCAACCAAAUACACAAUGCGACUUAUAAUAAGAAAGAUAACGGAGGCGGAUGAAGGGGAUUACUUCUGUCACGCGGAAAACGCCUUCGGGAAGACGUUGAGGCCGGUGUCGGUGAGACUGCGCCCCACCAAUCCACACCAUAAUGUCACUGAGUGCUGUACACAAAUGAACGUGUCAUCAGCGUGUAUCGACGCCUGCAGCUUCCACCUUGACAUGGACAACAUUAUGGAUCGGCCGGAAUGCAUGAACGACUUCGACAAACUCAUGAAGUGCGCUGCUGAUGGAUCUGACCACCGAAGCUGUUGUGCGUCUUGGGGAGUGCCCCGCACAUGCCUGGAGCUCUGCAGAGGAGGGUCCGUGUCGAAAUCCUGCGCUCUUCAGCACGCACGACGAGCCCUGGCCUGCUUCAGGGACUCGGGAGCCAAGCUUCCAGGACCUCCCAGGAAUUUGAAGGCACAUGUCGCUCCUACGCCCAACUCUGUUCUUUUGAGCUGGGACCCACCGAUGAAGAACCCUCAGACGGUGUAUUUGUACCGCGUGUUCUGGCGCGCGUACGGCGCCAAAGUGCCAGAGAAACUGGACACGAGUGAGACCAGCGUGGUUCUCACCGGCCUGAGGGAUGAUGUCAAAUACGAAUGCGUCGUGAAGGCUGCAAAUGAUCUCGGCACGUCAUCUCUCAGCAUGCCCAUAAUGUUCACUACGAGUGGUCAGGAGACGGGAGCAGCUUCAGCGCCAGUGUCGGGAGGAUCCACAGCGUCUGCUGUUGGUGUAGCCGUGGCCUGCAUCCUUGUAGCUGCUCUACUGCUGGCAGCUGGACUGUAUUAUAGAUAUAGAAAGAAUCUUAGGCUUAAGGCGCAAGGAGGAGUAGCAUUCGAGAACCCUAGCUAUCUAAGAGAACCAAACCCUGAUACCGUGAUCAACGGUAACGUGCCAAACGGCAACGCGAACGGAGGCAAUGGAGUCGCGAACGGCGUGUCGAACAGCGCGGCAUGGAGGCAGGAGACGCUGCAGAACCCUGGCACCACCGCCACCCAGCGCGAGGUGGAGCCCACGCUGUACGAGGAGCUGAAGCUCGGGCACGACGGCGCCGGAUUCAAGCGCCUGAAGCCAUAGCAGGAGGCCGCGGCGCGCUCGCCCAUGCGCUCCCCGCUCCGCUCGCCGCGGCUCACGGCGCGCGUGGCGCCGCGCUACUGAGCUCGCUCGCGCCGAGACACCGCUUAUAUACUGUGACGUCACACACACUUCCUCUCGCUCGCACAUCCCACCUCUCGCUCGGUAGGCCAUAUUUCAUCAUAGUACUUUAUGGAAAAUAUAUCAAGUCUUUCUUUUGUAUCGGGUGUAGAUUUAUUGUAAACACGUAAUUUAUUAGUAUUGAUAUCGAAAGUCGGAAUAUGCGAGCGAAGAGUAAAAAAAGUAUAAAAAUAUAAACGAGUGUAGUGUAAUCUGAACAAUCAGAGUUAGCUACGGUAAAAAAAACGUGACGAACGGAGUGUAGAUAAAGUUAAAGUUAAAAGAAUGGUAAUUAUAUUUUCAGUAUCGUACUCGUUGUGAUUUUAACCAAAAAAAAAGACCUCAUUUAAGCUUCUCGUCACUUCAUGUAAAUAUUUAUACUAACGGACGGAAUAAAUUAGGGAUGAUAAUUAAUAUUAUGCCGAUCGUUGAGCUGGAGUUUCCUUUACGCAUAAAAAAAUAAAUGGUGUAAAAAUAAAAAUGACAAUCUAAAAAUGUUGGUAAGAAAAACAAAAACUUGAAUCUUAUUGUUUCUUUAGACAUAACUUUUGUAUUAAUAUGGACUAAAAUGAGAACCAAUCUUCAUUAAUUCAUUCUUUUAUUAUAAAAACAAAGUUACAAGAUUUUAACUUUUACCCAGGACAAUAAUAUUUGUAUAUAAUAGAGCAUAAAGGAAAUUCCGCUUAAAAAAUCUUAGAUCACUUAGUAUCGAUGUAAAAACAGAAUUGAUAGAAAUAUAGGUCAUUCUAUGAACAAAAUGUGCCUUCGAAAGUAUGAAAUAGUGUGUAGAGUUAGAAACUUUUGGCCCGUGUAAAUUGUAUUUAAUGUAUAUACGUCUGUAAACUUACAUUCCAUUAGAUCUGUUGGGGGAAAUUUGUCAUUUCUAAUAUAAAAAAAUUAAUGUUACAUUCUAUUGACAUGUAUAAUGUUUUUUUUUUCAAAUAUAAUAUUAAAUUUAAAUUUUUUUUUCUUCAUUCUUAUCCAAAUUUAAAAUUAUUUUCAAAAGUCAUGAGAUGGUUUUAAAAAAAAUGUGAUGGUAAUGGUAAAUUUUCCUCAACCAUUAAAGUUGGUAGCUAAAGUUAACCAAUAGUUAAUCUUUUUUAUGAAAAAAAAGAAUUUCGAUGUAUUGUAAAAAGUAGAGUUUUGUAAAAAAUCUCGGACGUAGUUUCGAGGCAUAUCAGUUACCUUUCGUUUUAAUAUUUAUAUUAAGAAAAUGUAAUUUCAUUAUAUUGAAACUGUGUAGAGGAAGUUUUUAUCGAUAUUUACAAAAAAUAUUAAUUGUAUCGUGUUCUUUGCCCAUAUAUUCCUUAUCAUGGAAGUCUAAGGAACAUUGUAAAACAUGUAACAUUGUAUAAAGUGAUUUAACAUUUAAAAACUAUCAAGAUUUAAGAUAUAAAAAGGCAUUACUAUCUUACAUAAAAAAGUUAUAAAUAUCGAUAAAAAUACAACUGACGUUACCAAGUAUGUUAUAUCGUCUGUCAAUUCUAGAAAUUCCAUAGCUGAUUUUUUGACAUUUCUAAAAAAUACAAUCACAGUAUAUGAAUAUACCUAUAUUUAAAUGAUCUCAUACAUGGCAUAAUUUCAAUAUUGGAACAAAUAAAAAUUGGAAAAACAUUUUUUCUUUUUUUACGAAUUAUAGUUCGUGGGUCCUAUUCCGUCUAAGAGGAUGAAUCCGUCUUUUUGCAAUAACGAAAGUAAAUAUAAGUAAAUAGGGGAUAUUUUAAAAUCUCUUUUCCGUACAGCCAUAAAAGUUAUUUUUGGAUUAGAACGCCUGCAAUAAGCUGGAUUCGCGCCUGUAGGCGGUAUUUGACCCCUGACUAUAUACUUAAUAAUGAGCUUAAGAAUUUGAUAUUGUAUGCGUAUCGGGCUAAAUAUACAUAAUAUAUAUAAGAAGCACAAUAAUAGACUCCGUAUCUAAAAAAAACUGGCCUAAUUUUGCCCUAAAGUAAAAUAUCAACAGGCCUAAAAAACAUUAGGGUACAUUAGGGUAAUAUCGAAUUACGGGAUAAUUCCGUUCAUUUAAGACUACUACUGAACUGUAACUGAAACUAAUAUAUUGGCAAAUAAUUGCGGCACAACAAAAUAAAACAUUUCUGGCUGUGUUUUCCGUAUUAAAAAAUGACGCAUAUAGCCGUAAUAUUGAUUACUCUGUGGUCCGGUAUUACCCCAACGUAUCCUAAUUGUGUCAUGACCUAGUGCAAUAUAAUUUAAUAAUUAAUCUAUUAUAAAAAUCCUUUAAUCCAAAAAUGUACUCGAAUAUUUAUACUGUGAUGGUAAUUUUGUAAACUCUUACGCAAAGACAAUGUGAUUACGAAUAGUUUCGUGUAAAUCUUCACUACUUAUAAUUUUUAGACGAACAACGGAUGUGAUUAGAUUUGUAAAUAAUAUUAAUAAAAAAAUCGAGAAAU